AGUUUUUAUUUUACAGCGGGGAAGUGUUCAUGUCUUUGUAGCGAUGACAGUGAAAAGGACGGGGAGAUUCGAAUGGGGCUGCUGAGGCCAGAGCUGAUGCCAAGGCACGUGGCGGUGAUAAUGGAUGGGAACAGAAGGUGGGCGGUGCAACGGGGAUUGGCGACGGGGCAAGGCCACGAGGCAGGAGCCAGAGGGUUGGUCGAGCUCGCUCAGCUCUGCUUCAAACGGGGGAUCCACACUCUCUCGGCUUUCGCCUUCUCCACCGAGAAUUGGGGCCGACCCCAUGGUGAGGUUAACUGCUUGAUGUUCUUGUUCGAAAAGUAUCUGAAGUUGAAGAUUCCGUUUUUUCAGAGGGAGAGAAUCAGAAUCUCCGUCAUCGGGGACGUUACGAAGAUCCCGGAAUCUCUCCUCCGGACGAUACGUGGGAUCGAGGAAUCCACGAGAAUCUACAGCACAAAACAUAUUAUCAUAGCCAUAGACUACAGCGGAAGGUACGAUAUCUCGCAGGCCUGCAAGAGAAUCGUCCGCAAGGCGAAAGGUGGUUCGAUCCAAAUGGAAGAUGUUGACGAAGAUAUGAUCGAGAAGGAGCUCCUAACAAAGUGUACGGAGUUCCCUAACCCCGAUUUGUUGAUCAGAACAAGCGGCGAACAGAGAAUCAGCAACUUCUACUUGUGGCAAUCUGCUUACACUGAGUUCUUCUUCUCGCCCGUCCUUUGGCCUGAUUUCGGGGAGGACGAUUUUGUCGAGGCCUUGAUUUCGUAUCAGCAGAGGGAUAGACGUUUCGGACAAAGGGCUUGACAUAUACAUAUAUAUAUAUAUAUAUGUGUGUGUGUGUGUUUAAUAAUUAGCCCUUUUGUUUCUAGGCUUGAUUCAGAAUAAUGUGAUGCCAAACUUGUGUUCUUUCA